CUCUAUUACAUCUUCAGAAUCCUCCUAUUGCACCUCAGCGCCUCACUUCUGCUCGUUGCACCUCUCAGGGGCGCACUUGCAACGGGCGAGCGCGGUGCCCUUUCUCGCGCCAAGCAGUCGUGGAUUUCGUGGGAACGAAGAGGAGGAAAAGGUCUCCAGAGAUAGGAAGGAAGGGGGUACGUGAAGGACUUCCGUUGCUUGGUGGGCUGUCGUAGCCAUGGCGGCCAAAGGUGAAGGACCAGCAAUUGGAAUCGACUUGGGGACGACGUACAGCUGUGUCGGCGUCUGGCAGCAUGACCGUGUGGAGAUCAUUGCCAAUGAUCAGGGUAACAGGACCACGCCGUCCUACGUGGCGUUCACGGAUACGGAGCGGCUGAUCGGUGAUGCGGCUAAGAAUCAAGUGGCAAUGAACCCGACGAAUACUAUCUUCGACGCAAAGCGACUGAUUGGGAGAAAGUUCAACGACAACUCCGUGCAGAGUGACAUUAAGCUCUGGCCUUUCGAGGUCAUCGAUGGUCCGGGCGGGAAGCCUCUCAUUGGUGUAUCGUACAUGGGGGAGAAGAAGCAGUUCGCCGCAGAGGAGGUGUCCUCUAUGGUGCUGACGAAGAUGAAGGAGAUUGCGGAGGCGUUUCUCGGUGUGACACUGAAGAACGCCGUUAUCACGGUUCCGGCAUACUUCAACGACUCGCAGAGGCAGGCGACGAAGGACGCCGGUGUUAUCUCCGGUCUGAACGUGAUGAGAAUCAUCAAUGAGCCGACGGCGGCUGCCAUCGCCUACGGUCUUGACAAGAAGGCGAGCAGCGUCGGCGAGAAGAACGUCAUGAUCUUCGACCUCGGAGGCGGCACUUUCGAUGUCUCGCUGCUGACCAUUGAGGAAGGCAUCUUCGAGGUGAAGGCGACGGCCGGAGAUACGCAUCUUGGCGGUGAAGACUUCGACAGCCGGAUGGUGCACCACUUCGUUCAGGAGUUCAAGAGGAAGCACAAGAAGGAUAUUAGUGGGAGCGCUAGGGCGUUGAGGAGACUGAGGACCGCCUGCGAGCGUGCCAAGAGAACUCUCUCUUCCACCGCGCAAACGACUAUUGAAAUCGACUCUCUCUUCGAGGGUAUCGAUUUCUACUCCACCAUCACAAGAGCGCGUUUCGAAGAGCUGAACAUGGACUUGUUCCGGAAGUGCAUGGAACCCGUGGAGAAGUGCCUGCGGGACGCGAAGAUGGACAAGCAGUCAGUGCAUGAGGUGGUGUUGGUCGGCGGCUCCACUCGUAUUCCCAAGGUCCAGCAGCUUCUCCAGGACUUCUUCAACGGUAAGGAGCUGUGCAAGAGCAUCAACCCUGACGAGGCCAUUGCCUAUGGCGCUGCUGUGCAGGCUGCCAUUUUGAGCGGUGAAGGUAACGAGAAGGUACAGGACUUGCUUCUGCUCGAUGUCACGCCUCUCAGUCUCGGUCUGGAGACGGCAGGCGGUGUCAUGACUGUUCUGAUUCCGAGGAACACGACAAUCCCCACGAAGAAGGAGCAGGUGUUCUCCACUUACUCCGACAACCAGCCAGGCGUGCUCAUUCAAGUGUACGAGGGUGAGCGAUCCCGUACCCGGGACAACAACCUGCUUGGCAAAUUUGAGUUGUCGGGUAUUCCGCCGGCGCCGAGAGGCGUUCCUCAGAUCACCGUGUGCUUUGAUAUCGACGCGAACGGAAUCUUGAACGUUUCUGCGGAAGACAAGACGACUGGCAGCAAGAACAAGAUCACGAUUACCAAUGACAAAGGUCGUCUGUCGAAGGAGGAGAUCGAGAAGAUGGUUCAAGAUGCGGAGAAGUACAAGGCGGCGGACGAGGAGCACAAGAAAAAGGUGGAGUCGAAGAACAGCUUGGAAAACUACGCGUACAACAUGCGGAACACCAUUAGGGACGAGAAGAUUGCGUCCAAGUUGGAUGCUGCCGAUAAGGAGACGAUCGAGAAGGCGGUGGAGUCGGCUGUGGAGUGGCUGGACCACAACCAGCUGGCAGAGGCAGAUGAGUUCGAAGACAAGAUGAAGGAGCUGGAGAGUGUCUGCAACCCAAUCAUUGCGAGGAUGUACGGAGCCGGAGGUGGAGCGGGGGGCCCUGACAUGCCAGGAGGUUUCGGCGGCAGGGAUGAGCCGCCGAGCUCUGCCGGUGGCCCCGGGCCCAAAAUUGAGGAGGUCGAUUAAGCUUGUUGGGAAAGGGUAGUGAUAGUAGUAAUAGCUGAUUCGGUGGCGUUUUUUGUGCUCUGGAGAUUGGCUUUAGGGCGCGCGUCUUUUCGCCACCAUAGAAUUAAGUGUUCUAUGCGAAUUGCUUGUCUCCUCUCCUUGAGCGGUUUGUGUGGUUCUUGUGGUUGUUGAGACGGUUAGCAAUAGUUCCGGCGUUAGUGGGUGGAUUGAGAUUUUUUGUUUCGAGGCACUGCGCGUAGGUUUCCUACUUCCCUUCUGAUGGCGGUGAUGGAUUUGAUUGAUAUGACAUUAUGAUGAUGACAUCGUCUGUGGUUGUUUAGUUUUAGUAAUUUGGGCGCUCUAUUUUGCCUUUCGCUUAUCCUGCGUUGUUGUGAAUUGCUAUCUUCCGUCCGUAGUUGAGUGCUGUUCAAGGCAUUCUACCGGCGGUUGUAUGAUCUUAAUGAUGACAAGGUUAGGCUUGUGGGCUUUUGGUGCGCAUUCUUUUGCGCGUUUCUUUUCCGUUCUGUUUAGCAUUGCGUUCCUGGCUGAUGGUGUAGUUCAAAGGCUUUUGUCCGUUGGUUUAAGUUCUUAUGAAUGAUUGAGAUCUGUUGGAAUCAUCUGCACGACACAUUUCCCUCGCGUGAUUGAUGGUGUUGGUCUGUCUGUUUUUUCGAGGCGUGAACUUGGGAUUUGUUCAUGAUGUUGCAAUUUUUCAGAAUCAUAUUUUCGUUUACAGAUUCUCCAUGUUGUAAGUGCUGGUUAGGUCUGUGGUUCUUGGUACUUGGUUCUCGUCUCUGCUAGGAGAGUAGGUUAGGUCUCUGUUUCUCUGUACUUGCUAGUUGCUCUGCUAUUUCGAUUCGUCGGGACCCUGUUUGUAGGUUUCUUAUGGCACUGUGGUGGGAGGAAUUGAGGCGGUUCUGUCGACGUGAUAGAUGCUAUUGACUCGGGGCUUGUGCCUUCUGUGUGCUGUAUCGAACGCAGUGGCAAUUUAAGAGUUUCUCGUAGUCUUGUCGAGUGCUGUUUUAGGUUAUGGAUCCACUGGACUGGGUACUUGUGCUGUUGUCGAGAUGGAUGUGUCGGCCCACAGUUUGUGCGUCUAUUCUCGCACUGUGCGGAGUAACUGUUCCCGUAGUUUGAUAUCUUGUAGGGUUCGGGAGUUCUGAUUGGGUACUUCACUUCUGCUUUCGAGUGCUCUUUACGUAUGAGAUUCUCGGGGCCGCUUCUGAUAUUGCGAUGUUUCGGCUCCAGGUUCGUUCGUUUCUACUGGUACUUGGGGGAGGAAAUAUCUCUCGGUGUUAGUUGAGUUCUUCGCGGCCAGUCGCAUCGAUGUUUGGCUCUCAGGUUUUUUCUUGCAGGCAUCCGGAGUGCUGAUGUGGGAUCGGUUUCUUUCAGUGAUCUCGUUGAAUUUGAAUAUGCGAGGACGAGGUUAAUACUUCGUGAGAGUAUGCCUGCAAGUUUGCGACUUCAAUGGCUUGGUCAGGUUUCUGUUCUGCAGUAGGCUACGGCCAGUGUCAUUGUCGAUGUGGCUGGCUGUUUCUUGCUGAACUUUUGGCUGAAUAUGAGGGCGUUGCUCCAUUGUGAAGGCGGUUUAUGGUCUCUACUAUGAAUAAAACAUUUGCACUGCCAUCGUUAGAGGGGCAAUUUGCUGGCCGUCUUUGGCUUGAGUUACGGGAUGUAUGUUACUCGUCUCAUUUGUUGAAUUGUCAGUAAUUUGUCG